AUGACCAAAGAAAACCACACUACUUUUUCUGGCUUUGUUGUCCUUGGAUAUUCAGAGCUUCCAGAUCUCCAAGGUUUGUUGUUUGUGGUGUUCCUAUUCAUCUAUGCCAGCAUUCUAACAGGAAAUGGACUCAUAAUUUAUGUUACACUAACUGACCCUACCCUUUACACCCCUAUGUAUUUCUUUUUGAAGAAUCUGUCCCUUCUGGAGAUCUGCUACACCUCAGUCACUCUACCGAAAAUGCUGGUCAACUUAAUAGCAGAAAACAAGAACAUUUCAUUUAUUGGCUGUGCAGCCCAGAUUUACUUCCUGCUUUUACUAGGAGGCACAGAGUGCUUGCUUUUAGCUGCCAUGGCUUAUGAUCGAUAUGUAGCCAUAUGUAACCCCUUACAUUACAAACUCAUCAUGAGCAAGCAAUUCUGUUGGGGACUCGUGACUGGAUCAUUGACUGUCAACAUGCCAGCACAUGUUGGGCAGACAUAUCUAGUGUUCACUUUGCCCUUUUGUGACUCACAUGAAAUUAACAACUUCUUCUGUGAUAUCCCCCCAUUGCUUGAAUUGGCCUGUGCUGACACUAACAUUAAUAAAGUAACUGUGUUUGUAGCCAGCACAGUUUUCAUAAUAAUCCCUUUUUUCCUUAUCCUUCCUUCUUAUGUAAAAAUAAUCUCUGCUAUUAUGAAAAUGCAUUCAGCAGAAAAUCGGAAGAAAGUGUUUUCUACUUGCUCCUCACAUCUCAUCAUAGUAUCUCUCUUUUAUGGCUCAGGAACUAUUGUCUGCAUGACUCCUAGAUCAAAGGAGAUAGUGGGCAUUAACAAGUUUCUUUCCUUGUUCUAUACCAUUUUAGUUCCUAUGUUUAAUCCCAUAAUCUAUAGCCUGAGAAAUAGGGAAGUGAAGUCAUCCCUGAGGAAAUUUCUUCUGCAAUGGCUGACCAGGAAUGCUCAUCUGGCACCUUUUAUUGUUGUUGUUGUUGUGACUUGGUUAAGGAUUGGCUUUUGGGAGACCUUUAGGGAAGAGGUCCUUAAUGCCUCCAGUCAAGCUGAACACAAAACAAAACCCAACAUAUUGUAG